UUUUAGUUGCACUAGUGAUCCAUUAAUAGUCCAGUAGCUCUACUCAACCCAGUUUAAAAAUAGGGUGUUGUUUUCACAUAGGUCCAGUCCAGUAGUGAGUACACAGAGUCACCACGUUGUCUUUGUUCAAAGAUUCUAUCGUCAGUGAAGCCAAUCCAUUCUCAACUAUUUCGACUUUGCAGCUGUGCAGUGCAGUGAAACGAAUCGAACAAAGUCACAAACGCAAAAGUUCAAAACGUUAUCCUCAACGCAACGCUGCAUUGAACCCAUCGAAUCUAUAUAGCAACAAUCCAUCACCAUCACCCUCUCAAAUCACACUCCUCUCUCUCAUCAUGGAUCCCAACCCUGGAACCUUUCCGAUUCUCUCCUACGUCAUGUCCCGCCUCCCUUCCUUCGCACCCAGGACCACCGCCGCCUCUCCUUCCGAUUCCGACCAAUUCGACAUCGAACAGCCGCCGCCGCCGUCGUCGGAGAUCGUCGGCCAAAUGCCGCACCUGGCGGACCCGGAGCUCCUGGCCUCUAUGGGUCGGGCCAUCUCGGACGUCUCGCAGGCUCGCACCGUCCUCAACCUGAUCGGCGAGCGGCCCACCCACGAGGAAGUCGACAACGCGCGGGCAAAGCUGGCGGACAUCGACGCCCAGCUCUCCCGUCAGCUAGAAGAGAUCGUCCUCCAGUCGAGGCCCACGGAGAUCGAGAUCCAUGGGUGGCGGGCCCACCAGGCCGAGAACGAGAGACAGUGCAGGGAAGCGGCGGAGAAAGAACAGCGCGUUUGGAAAUCGGUGUUGCAGCUGGACGAGAUGCACGAGGCGUACGAGAAGCUGCUCAAGGACGCUGAGAACCGGUUGGUGAGAAUGUACGAGACUAAGGAAGACGGAGGAGAAGAUAAUAGGGAUCUUGAUCUUGAUCUUGUUGUAGGGGAUGAAGAGGUGCACCAAGAGGUGGUGGGGAUUCUGCAGGAGGCAGAGGGGAAGGGAAUGGACCGAAUCAAUCUUUCUGGCCGGAGAUUGAAGCACUUGCCGGAGGCAUUUGGCCGGAUUCAUGGUUUGCUUGUGCUUGACCUUUCAACAAAUGAGCUUUCGGCAAUUCCUGACUCAAUAGCUGGAUUGCAAAAUCUCGAGGAGCUUAAUCUUUCUUCAAAUCUUUUGGAAUCACUGCCCGAUUCAAUUGGGUUGUUACAGAAGUUGAAAUCGCUCAAUGUUUCUGGAAACAAGCUGACUGCCCUUCCUGAUUCCAUCUCUCACUGCAGGUCAUUGGUGGAGUUGGAUGUAAGCUUUAACAGUCUGUCAUAUUUGCCAACAAACAUUGGAUAUGAGUUGCCAAAUUUACAGAAACUCAUGAUUCAAUUGAACAAAAUCCGCUCUCUUCCCUCGUCUGUUUGUGAGUUGAAGUCCUUACGCCAUUUGGAUGCUCACUUCAAUGAGCUUCAUGGGCUUCCAAUGGCAAUUGGGAAACUGACUAAUCUGGAAGUUCUCAACCUGAGCAGUAACUUCACUGACCUUAAAGAACUUCCAGAGACAUUUGGUGAUUUGACCAACCUCAGGGAAUUGGAUCUUAGCAACAAUCAGAUUCAAGCACUUCCCGAUACAUUUGGCCGCCUUGAUAAUUUGACGAAGCUAAACUUGGAGCAGAAUCCUCUUGAAUUGCCACCAAUGGAGAUUGUAAAUCAAGGGGUCCAAGCCAUAAAGACUCAUAUGGCCAAGAGGUGGAUUGACAUAUUGCUGGAGGAAGAAAGGAAAAGCAAUCAAGAAAUGCAAGAACAAGGAGAGGGUGGCUGGUUAACACGAAGCACCUCCUGGUUGAAGAAUGUUUCUGGAAAUGUAAUUGGAUAUAUUGGAGCUGUUGGGUCUCCCAUGUCACCCAAAUCUCCCAGAGAUGCAUUCCUUGAUCAGCAACUAUGAGGUGAUGAUCAGCAAUUAAAAUUACUAUAUCUGCUGCUAAGAAACAAAUUCCUAAGACUGAGGUCUGAGAGAUGCUUUACUAGCUGAUAUCUUUGAUUUGCUUGAAGCUUUGGAUAAGUCUUGCUGUGUUUUCAAGCAAAGCUGGUGUUUUAAAAACCAAUUCAACCGAGGUUGAGGUCAUAAAUACUUAUAAAAUUAAAUAAGGUAAAUCCUUCAAUCUCUACGGAAUUGAUAGAUACAGUGGUUGAAUCAUGAUUAGGAAGGAUGCAAUGCCUAAACAUUAUGGUUUAUUUUCCAUGGUAAUCAUGGUAUUACGGAAACAAGUGACAAAACAAGCUACUAAAAUGUAGUGAGUUCUGAAUGUAAAUAUACUCGUGUUCUAUCAUUAACAGGAAAUUUUACUUGCUGCUUUUGUUA